AUGUGCCCGAAUAGCCAGAGACACAAUGUUCUACACUCAUUUCUCUCUUUUUUUUCCAACUCUACACUCCUCUGUCCAAGCACCUGCACAUUUCACCAUGAAGUCGGUGAGUAUUUUAUAUACAACUUUAGUCGUGAGUUUUAUUUUUCAAAAAUAAUUAACAAUUUAUUUUUAAAACCAAAUCAGGUCGUAGCUUUCUUCGCCCUCCUGGCCGUAGCCUCGGUCGCGGCUCUUCCCGUGCAAAACGACGUCUACCUGGUGAACGAGACUCCCUCGACCAACAUCGGCACCGGCGGUUACCAGUUCGGUUACGAGACGAGCGAUAACCAGAGCCGCUUCGAAACCGCCCAACUCGUUGCUGUGCCUAAUGCCCGCACCGGAGAAGUAAGCAACGUCCUCAGUGUGCAGGGAUACUACAGCUUCGUCGAUAACACCGGCAGAAACUACUUCCUCGUCGAGUACACGGCUGAUGAGAAUGGAUACCGUCCCAAAAUCACGUACAAACAGUUAUAA